UCCUCCUCCUCCUCCUCCUGCUAUCCCUCUUCUCCCAAUUCUCUCAAUCAGAAAGAAGAAGGACUUAUGGCAGUAUUAAGUUGAACAAACUUCUCUUCUUUCACUGCACUUCAAGAUGAAGGGAGUCAACAGCACCAGAUUAAUCCUUCUGCAGCCAUCAUCCAACCACAAGCAAGGUGGCAAUGGGGUCAACACAUCCAUCUCCAUCUCGGUCUUCCACCACCAUCGUAUUUGGCUCAUCGCUCUCCUUUCCUUCUUCACCUUCGCCUCGCUCCUCACCCUUCUCAGCACCACCACCGCGAGAGAUCCAAGUGACCUCCCCUCGGCUUCCUCCUCCUCCACCGCUGCUGUUGCGUCCGCUGGGUCGGCCUCUUACGGGAAGCCAUCGCCGCUGCCGGCUCCUGUGUUCGAUGCCCUCGUCAACUACGCCGUGUCCUCCAACUCCACGGGGAAGAUGAGGGAGGAGGACCUCCGGGCGGUCGCGGGCGUGCUACGACGGCGGGCGCCGUGUAACCUGCUCGUGUUCGGGAUCGGGCACGAGACGCCGCUGUGGCGUGCGCUCAACCACGGCGGGCGGACCGUCUUCCUGGACGAGAACGAGUACUACGUCGCCCGCGUCGAGGGGCGCAACCCGGGGCUGGAAGCCUACGACGUGGCUUACACCACCAAGGUUCGGGAGAUGCCAGACCUCCUGGCCGCCGCGCGUCGGCAGCGCCGCGGGGAGUGCCGGCCGGUGCAGAACCUGCUCUUCUCUGACUGCCGCCUCGCCAUCAACGACCUCCCCAACCAGCUUUACGACGUGGCCUGGGACGUCAUCCUGGUGGACGGGCCCAAGGGGCACACGCCGGCGACGCCGGGCCGGAUGUCGGCCAUCUUCACGGCCGCCGUCAUGGCCAGGUCUCGCGGCCGGGGCCACACCGACGUGCUCGUCCACGACCACGACCGGGAGGCGGAGAGGGUGUGCAGCGCGGAGUUCCUCUGCCCGGAGAACCUCGUCGCCGCCACCCCCCACCUCGCCCACUUCCUCAUCCGCGCCGGCCCCGCCGACGAGUUCUGCUCCAACCGGACCUCCACGGCCGGGGACGCAAUAGCCACGUCGUAGUUUGACUUCUUCCCUUCACCGCCAUGAUCAGGUCAACUGUCACGAUAAGAACAAGAAACAUAACACACAUCACAACAUAUUACAGUCGUCGUUUCCUUCACCCUUCUCUGUAGUUUCGUAGCUGGUAAUGUUUAUUAGGUUACAUCAUCGCAUGAUAUGAUAAUAUGAGAGCAUGAAUUCUCUGAUCGAGAUCGACGUUGACUUGGUCGUUUCUGCUAGAAUCUUUAUUUUGACCAGUUGCUGCUUGAGAGAAGCAUAUAGAUCUCAUUUGACCACGUGCGGACGUGGGGCCCACCACGUGGCAAUUGGCCGAUAGGUGAUCGCUCCAUAAACUUCUCUUCGCUUUUCCUUUUUGAUUACAGCUGUAAACAAGACCGAAAACAACUUUGAGACAACAUAAAUUGUAUGCGGAUGCAAACCAAAUACUUUGAUUUGGUA